AUGUCAAAGCGGAUGGGAGGCAAUCUCGCGUCCUUGAUGGACAAGAGAAACAAACUGGAGAAGGAUACAGCACAAACAAAAUCCUCCGCCGCUCUCAAUAAGAACAAGAAUCCUUUUUUAAGCAAACCAAUCCAACCUGGACAAACACUGCAAAUGUUUCUUGUACAAGCCAGACGAUCAGCAUUGAAUUAUGAACCUACCAAACCUCCGUUUACCAAACCAUUCUGCGAAAUUGAAGCUCGCAUCGGAGUCCUCAAGAUUAACGAUCGGCGGGUAACCUCCAGUGGCCCCAAGAGAAUCAAUAAUGCACUCGUACAAGCCUUUGACUGCACAUCACUGCAGCAGAAACCAAGCAUGGAAUCAGGAGUCUCUCGAUCACACUAUGUCCAUUGGACGCAAGCGGGUCUCUCCGAAGCAUCCCCGAUAUCGGCUGCCUUGGGAGUCAUGGUCAAGCCCAACAUGCCGAAUAAAGAGGUGGUGGCAAUGAUCAAGCGAGAUUUGGUAGAAAAGGAACUAGUGGAAACGGUUUUUGCUGGAUAUCCUGGUGAUCGUCGAGUUGCCUUUCCCUGUAUAGUUCCUUUGAAUGGGAAGCUUCCGGACAGUACUACAGUUGGGGCGAUGGAAUACAAGGAGAAAUUGGUUCAAAUGGAGUGGGCUAUCCCUGCAGCAAAAUACGACUUUCGAGUAGCCUUGGCCAGUGAAAAGACGGUCGACAAAUCGGUCAAAUCGGUACCGGAUGGAUGGUCCAUUCAGCGCAUCAAACGACGGCGGUCCUACACCCGACGGGACGGCAACAUUGCCUGGCAAAUUGAUGUGACGGAAAUCACGUCCACCCCACGAGAUUCUCCACACAAGAAGACUGUGCUGUUUGAAAUUGAAAUGGAACUUCGUGCAGAGAACAUGCUGAAACUCCUCAAUGCUGAAUCUACAGAAAAGGCGUCUGGCUUGGCCAAAGCAUAUUCCCAACAAUUGUGGUGGAUUCUGGGCCAAAUCAAUCCACUGGAAGAUACAGUGGACGUGGAAGAAUAUCUCCAACCCCAUCCCAACAAAAAGGCUGUACAAUUAGCCCUAGCUACAUGCGGUGCUCUCAAGAGAUUCAUGGAACGCCCUCCCGCACCUGGUUCCAAGGCACAGCCGGUCCAUAUGGACGCACCCAUCAGCAAACCAAAUGAAGCCCCCAGUCCGGCACUGUCCAAUGUCAAAUUCUGUGGCUGCAUGCCCGUCAAUUUUGCCCGACACAACAUUGACGAAAUCCAACAGUCGGCCAAGAAUGCCUACUUUUUGUCGGAAAAGACGGAUGGAGUCCGGCAUUUCAUGAUCUUUACGGGAGAUACGGUCGUUCUGGUCGAUCGUGCCAUGAAGGGCAAACAGGCCAUACCCACCAAGCCUGGACAAGAGCCCAUGGCGUCGGUCCUACCUCUCAUCAAGCCUGGAACAGUAUUCGAUGGGGAAGUGGUCAUGCACCGUGGUGGAAGUGGACACAAGGCACGGCCCAUUUUCAUUGUCUUUGAUGUCUUGACAGUCGGCGCAUCGGCAGCCAUCUUGCACUUGCCCUUUGAACAACGAUUGUAUCACUUGAAGCAAUCUAGUUUCCGCACCGAUACUGCCGAUCGGAACAUGUUUGCCACCAGUCUUUCCGACCCGAGCAUUCCAAUGCCAUUGGUCCGCAAAAACUUUGUCCAACGAUCGGAAUUGGCAACCCUGUUGGGGCACGUCAUUGAAGAAAAGGGCACAAGAUCCUAUCGCAACCCCCCACUGCACAAUCACCUGACAGAUGGAAUAAUCUUUCAACCCAACUUGCCGUAUGCUUGUGGUACGGAUUUGAAUUUGUUGAAAUGGAAGUACUUGGACACUGUGACGAUUGACGUGGAGCUGUUACCAAUGCGUCAAAAUUACCACGGAGGAGGCGAUGAAGACGAAUUAAAUGUCGGUGUCAUGGGGAACGAACAAACUACCGUCGAUAUGACGCGUCAUGUCAAUUUGCCCAAGAGUGAACGAUUGCGGUUGGAGGCCGACAAGUUUGAAUCAGGGUCUCGGAUUGCCGAAGUGGGUUUUGAUCCCGAAACUGGCGAAUGGUAUUACUUGACGAUGCGUCCCGAUAAGAUUGCUCCCAAUCAUAUUACCACCGUUCUGGGUACUCUUUUGGAGUUAUCCGAAAGUCUGACGACCGAAGAGUUGGAAUACCGCAUGAGUGUCCCACCCGGUCAUCGGGAUACCUACCGAAAGGAUCUCAAGGGUAUGUUGAAGCAGCUGCUAGAUCACCAAAAGCGAAAGCAUGGUCAGCAAAAGAGGUAG